AAAACCAUCAACUGAAGUUGGUGUCUGGUCCGGUAAGUCAAAGCCAAAUGGCGCCGCGCCGCUUGGAAUAGAAACAAACCAAAAGCGGUAUUCUAUUUAGACAAACUUUGUCCCUGUUUACUUUCCUUUACCAUUCUACUGCCAUUAUAAAUAUAGCUCACUCACAAGCACUUCAUUCCACACAUACAUACAUAGCUAAGCAGAGAAAACAAUUCAUCAUAUAUUCGAACACGAUCGUUGUCUGUUGAUUCAACAAUCAUCUGUUAAUCAUGUCGAAGAACACUGAUGGUCAGGUCAUCAAGUGCAGAGCUGCUGUUGCAUGGGAGGCUGGGAAGCCGUUGGUGAUUGAAGAAGUAGAGGUGGCGCCGCCACAGGCCGGUGAAGUCCGUCUCAAGAUCCUCUUCACCUCCCUUUGCCACACUGAUGUUUACUUUUGGGAAGCUAAGGGUCAGACUCCAUUGUUUCCUCGUAUUUUUGGUCAUGAAGCAGGAGGGAUUGUGGAGAGCGUAGGUGAGGGUGUGACACAUCUAAAACCAGGGGAUCAUGCUUUGCCAGUAUUCACAGGGGAGUGUGGGGAAUGUCCACAUUGUAAGUCUGAGGAGAGCAACAUGUGUGAUCUUCUUAGGAUCAACACUGACAGAGGUGUCAUGCUCAAUGACAACAAAUCUAGAUUCUCUAUUAAGGGACAACCUGUACAUCAUUUCGUCGGUACUUCUACAUUUAGUGAAUACACCGUGGUACAUGCUGGAUGUGUUGCAAAGAUCAACCCUGAAGCACCACUUGACAAAGUUUGCAUUCUCAGUUGUGGAAUAUGCACUGGUCUUGGUGCUACUGUGAAUGUUGCAAAGCCAAAACCUGGCUCUUCUGUUGCUAUCUUUGGGCUUGGUGCCGUUGGCCUUGCUGCUGCUGAAGGGGCAAGGAUUUCUGGCGCAUCAAGAAUCAUUGGAGUUGAUUUAGUCUCCAGCCGAUUUGAAUUAGCUAAGAAGUUUGGGGUAAAUGAAUUUGUAAACCCAAAAGAGCAUGACAAACCUGUGCAACAGGUAAUUGCUGAAAUGACAAAUGGAGGUGUAGAUCGAGCGGUUGAAUGUACCGGUAGCAUCCAGGCCAUGAUCUCAGCAUUUGAAUGUGUCCAUGAUGGUUGGGGUGUUGCUGUACUUGUUGGAGUACCAAGCAAAGAUGAUGCAUUCAAAACUCACCCUAUGAAUUUCUUGAAUGAAAGGACUCUGAAGGGUACCUUCUACGGAAACUACAAACCCCGCACUGAUCUUCCUAAUGUUGUAGAGAAGUACAUGAAAGGAGAGCUGGAACUGGAGAAGUUCAUUACUCACAGAAUACCAUUUUCAGAGAUUAACAAAGCUUUUGAUUACAUGCUGAAAGGGGAGUCCAUCAGAUGUAUCAUCAAAAUGGAUGAGUAAACCUCUAAAACAAUGUUGUAAUAGUCCCUACUGGGGGACUGAGCUCACUCUCUAUAGUUUGGCAAAAAUAAAUUUCCUAAGUAAUCCCUUUUGGAUUAUUGAGUUUGUGAGGAUUUGUGAAGUUUUUAUGUAAAGAAUUGUGAUGUUGUGCUGGGAUAUUCCAAUAUAAAUUAGACUUUGAUUUUGUUGUUCUAUGUUAA